AAUGUGAAAUCCCACUUAUAGACCAUUUUCCUUGGAAGCUCACCCACCAUUCUGGAGGAUCUUGAACCCUCUUCUGGAAAGGGGUGCCUAUUGUUACUUUAUGGGGCAGCAGCCUGGAAAAGUUCUUGGGGACCAAAGAAGGCCAAGCUUGCCUGCCCUGCACUUUAUCAAAGGAGCAGGGAAGAAGGAAUCAUCGAGGCAUGGGGGUCCACACUGCAAUGUUUUUGUGGAACAUGAAGCCCUUCAGAGGCCAGUAGCAUCUGACUUCGAGCCCCAAGGCCUGAGUGAAGCUGCUCGUUGGAACUCCAAGGAAAACCUUCUCGCUGGGCCCAGUGAAAAUGAUCCUAACCUUUUCGUUGCACUGUAUGAUUUUGUGGCCAGUGGUGAUAACACUCUAAGCAUAACUAAAGGUGAGAAGCUCCGGGUCUUAGGCUACAAUCACAAUGGGGAAUGGUGUGAAGCCCAAACCAAAAAUGGCCAAGGGUGGGUCCCGAGCAACUACAUCACGCCAGUCAACAGCCUGGAGAAACAUUCCUGGUACCACGGACCAGUGUCCCGCAAUGCUGCAGAGUAUCUGCUGAGCAGCGGAAUCAAUGGCAGCUUCUUGGUGCGGGAGAGCGAGAGCAGCCCUGGCCAGAGGUCCAUCUCGCUGAGAUAUGAAGGGAGGGUGUACCACUACAGGAUCAACACAGCUUCGGAUGGCAAGCUCUACGUCUCUUCCGAGAGCCGCUUCAACACUCUGGCUGAGUUGGUCCAUCACCAUUCAACGGUGGCAGACGGGCUCAUCACCACUCUCCACUAUCCUGCCCCGAAGCGCAACAAGCCCACUGUCUACGGCGUGUCCCCCAACUACGACAAGUGGGAGAUGGAGCGCACGGACAUCACCAUGAAGCACAAGCUGGGCGGGGGCCAGUACGGGGAGGUGUACGAGGGCGUGUGGAAGAAGUACAGCCUGACGGUGGCCGUGAAGACCUUGAAGGAAGAUACCAUGGAGGUGGAAGAGUUCUUGAAAGAAGCUGCAGUAAUGAAAGAGAUCAAACACCCUAACCUAGUACAGUUACUCGGGGUUUGUACCCGGGAGCCCCCAUUCUACAUAAUCACCGAGUUCAUGACCUAUGGGAACCUGCUGGACUACCUGAGAGAGUGUAACCGGCAGGAGGUGAACGCCGUGGUGCUACUGUACAUGGCCACUCAGAUCUCAUCGGCCAUGGAGUACCUGGAGAAGAAGAACUUCAUCCACAGAGAUCUUGCUGCUCGAAACUGCCUGGUAGGGGAAAACCACUUGGUGAAGGUGGCUGAUUUCGGCCUGAGCAGGUUAAUGACAGGGGACACCUACACAGCCCACGCCGGAGCCAAGUUCCCCAUCAAAUGGACUGCACCUGAAAGCCUGGCCUACAACAAGUUCUCCAUCAAGUCUGAUGUCUGGGCCUUUGGAGUAUUGCUUUGGGAAAUUGCUACCUAUGGCAUGUCACCUUACCCGGGAAUUGACCUGUCCCAGGUGUAUGAGCUGCUGGAGAAAGACUACCGCAUGGAACGCCCAGAAGGCUGCCCAGAGAAGGUCUACGAACUCAUGCGUGCAUGUUGGCAGUGGAACCCCUCUGACCGGCCAUCCUUUGCUGAAAUCCACCAAGCCUUUGAAACAAUGUUCCAGGAAUCCAGUAUCUCAGAUGAAGUGGAGAAGGAGCUGGGGAAACAAGGCAUACGAGGGGCUGCAAGCACCUUGCUGCAGGCCCCAGAGCUGCCCACCAAGACAAGAACCUCCAGGAGAGCUGCAGAGCACAAGGACGCCAGUGACAUGCCUGAGACGCCCCACGCCAAGGGCCAGGGAGAGAGCGAUCCCGUGGACCACGAGCCUGCUGUGUCUCCACUGCUCCCUCGAAAAGAGCGAGGUCCCCCAGAUGGCGGCCUGAACGAGGACGAGCGCCUUCUCCCCAAAGACAAAAAGACCAACUUGUUCAGCGCCUUGAUCAAGAAGAAGAAGAAGACGGCCCCGACCCCGCCCAAGCGCAGCAGCUCCUUCCGCGAGAUGGACGGCCAGCCGGAGCGCCGGGGGCCCGGCGAGGAAGAGAGCCGAGACGUCAGCAACGGGGCGCUUACCCUCACCCCCUCGGACACGGCCGAGCCGGCCAAGUCCCCGAAGCCCAGCAACGGGGCUGCUGUCCCCAAUGGAGCUUUCCGGGAGCCCGGGGGCACGGGCAUCCGGUCUCCCCACCUGUGGAAGAAGUCCAGCACGCUGACCAGCAGCCGGUUAGCGGCCAGCGAGGAGGAGGGUGGCAGCAGCUCCAGCAAGCGCUUCCUGCGGUCCUGCUCGGCCUCCUGUGUGCCCCAUGGGGCCAAGGACACAGAGUGGAGGUCAGUCACGCUGCCCCGGGACUUGCAGUCCACUGGGAGACAGUUCGACUCCUCCACAUUUGGAGGACACAGAAGCGAGAAGCCAGCGCUGCCCCGGAAGCGGGCAAGUGAGAACAGGUCUGACCAGGUGACCAGAGGCACAGUGACCCCGCCACCUAGGCUGGUGAAGAAGAACGAGGAAGCCGCUGACGAAGUCUUCAAAGAUGCCACCGAGUCCAGCCCAGGCUCCAGCCCUCCCAGCCUGACCCCAAAACUCCUCCGUCGGCAGGUCAUGGUGGCUCCUUCCUCAGGCCUCCCCCACAAGGAAGAGACUGGGAAGGGCAGUGCCUUAGGGACCCCUGCUGCGUCUGAGCCAGUGCCCCCCACUAGCAGAGCGGGGACAGGCACAGCCGGAGGUACCGGCAAGGCCCCCGCCGAGGAAUCCAGAGUGAGGAGGCACAAGCACCCCUCCGAGUCACCCGGGAGAGACAAGGGGAAGCUGUCCAAGCUCAAGCCCGCCCCACCGCCCCCGCCCCCGGCCUCCAUGGGGAAGGCCGGGAAACCCUCUCAGGGUCCGAGCCAGGAAGUGGCUGGGGAGGCGGCAGGUGCCAGCACAAAAGCAAGAUCCACGAGUCUGGCUGGGGAUGCUGUGAACAGUGACACCACCAAACCUGCCCAGCUAGGAGAGGGCCUCAAAAAGCCUGUGCUCCCGUCCAUACCAAAGCCACAGUCGUCCACCAAGCCAGCGGGGACCCCCACCAGCCCCACCCCUGCUCCCUCCACAUUGCCAUCAGCACCCUCCGCCCUGGCAGGGGACCAGCCGUCUUCCACUGCCUUCAUCCCUCUCAUAUCGACCCGCGUGUCUCUUCGGAAAACCCGCCAGCCUCCGGAGCGGAUCACCAGCGGCACCAUCACCAAGGGCGUGGUUCUGGACAGCACUGAGGCCCUAUGCCUCGCCAUCUCCAGGAACUCUGAACAGAUGGCCAGCCACAGUGCGGUGCUGGAAGCUGGCAAGAACCUCUACACGUUCUGCGUGAGCUACGUGGAUUCCAUCCAGCAGAUGCGGAACAAGUUUGCCUUCCGGGAGGCCAUCAACAAACUGGAGAAUAACCUCCGGGAGCUUCAGAUCUGCCCGGCGACAGCAGGCAGUGGCUCGGCAGCCACUCAGGACUUCAGCAAGCUCCUCAGUUCUGUGAAAGAAAUCAGUGACAUCGUGCAGAGGUAGCAGAAGCCUGGAGUCAAGCCAGCUGGAGCUGCCUGCAGUGCAUGAGGGCUCGCCUGUGCCCAUGACGGUGGCUGACAAAGGACCAGUGAGCUGGGACCUUGGCCCAAGGGCUCUGUGCCAGGCGGAACCAAGGGCCCCGUGGAGUCCAGCCCAACUACCUACAUCGUGCACCAACUGUCCUCCUGCACCUCCCUCUCCCCAGCCUGGGCUCCCUGGGCCGCCUGCAUCCUGGAAUUUUAUCUGUGGAGUUCCUGCCAUGUGGGCUGCAGUCAGCACGCCAGGGGCCACCAGGCUCCCACCACCUGGUACCUCGGACUGAGCCCUCCAGGCCAGCUGGGGCCAGCCACAAGGACGGUCCUGCUUGUCCUCCUCUCUGGGGAGCCGCUUCCUGGCUGUGCCUUCUUGUGUUUCCCCAAGAACAGGAGCUGCACCAAGGCCUACGCAGCGUUGCCCCCACCCACCCAGUGGAGCGAGCACCUGUACUCACCAUCCUCAUGUCACGUACGCUGAGAACAUGUGUCACGAGCCACAUCUCAGGAAGGUGUGCACAGCCAGGGCCACUAGCGGGUCACUGCCCUCCUCUGCUGCCCAAGGCUGAGGCCUCUCAUCAUUUCUUCAUGUGAAGGACAGCUCUUGAUGUGGGGGAAACAGGGCACUAAAGCCCACCAGCCUUUGGGUCCCAGAUAGGUGGGAGCUGAAGAAGACCAAGGUGUGGGUAGUGUCCUUGUCAACUUUCCCCUCCAUGUCCCAGAGCUUGUUCUUGCUCUCUUGUGAUGAGCACUGCAAAUCCUGGAAAGAAAGCUAGAGUCUUAAAGGUGGCAGGGUCACUGCUGCUGCUGACCCCAGCAGAACAGGGGCAGGGAAGCGGGAGGCGGUGGCUGGCUGGGGGAGCAGCUGGGCUAGGUGUGCGGUGGCCCAGGUGAACCUGCCUUUCCCACAUCCAAGCACCCUGCUUGGUCUUGAUUUCUGACCAGUCCCCUUCCCCUCUCCCACUCCUCUAUGACAAAGUAGCUUCUUGCAGGCCCCUUUGUGCCGAGACAGUCUUUCGUCUCCAGAGUUCAUGAAGCAAAGCUCUUCCUCUGCACAGCUGCCUCUGAUACAGACGGAGCUGCCAUCGGGCACCAGUGCACAGACAGGAGGAAAAGGACUGCUGGCUCCAAGGGCCAAGCCAGUGUCGGCUGCUCUCUUAAAUUGGGUGCAUGUCUUUUAUUUAAUUAUCACGAGCAACACUUAGCCUAAUGUUUCUGUGGGGGUCAUCAGGGAGUGUCAAAACCACAGAGGAAACCCCAGAAAGUAUUUCAAAGAGCGGGCCUUGGUGUGUUCUCCCCCAGCUGCUGAGGACCGGAGCUGAGGAAUGGAGACUGUGACUCACGGGGCAGGGCUUGGGUCUCCUCGACCUUGACCUAGAGCAGCUGACUGAAGACAGGGCAGGCACCCACCUGGGCCUUGCGUGGACCAGGGAGCACGACCCUCCCGCUCCCUGUGUCUCCUUGUGCCAGCAACCUCAAACAAGCCCUGUUUUUACACUAAUCACCUAAACUUGUGUUUUAUUUUUCUGAUAGAGAUGGUUUCCUCUGGAUUGUUUUAUGCGGUUCUCACAGCGAAUCCCCUCUUUGCCCCCCAACAGCUGUGCUGCCCAGCCUGGGGGAGGUGCUCCGCACCAACAGUGGCCUUGCAGACAAAGCAGACCGACCUCCCCCCACCAGGCUCCCCGACUGCCUGUUUCCACGAGGUACUGGUCUCUUCUUUUUGUUAACACGAUGUGCCACUAUAUUUUACAUUUAUACUUGGUAUUACACUCUUUUAUAGACUUGCUCUUUUAUAAAUGAUGUGUAAAUAGUUCUCCACUCUUCUCUGUUCUGGAAUGCCUCUGGUGUCCCCACCCCCCUUAUUUUCUUGGUCCAAUACAUUUUGUUUCUGUAUAUGACUCUGUGUUUUUUGAAUCCAAAUCUCCCCUCUGUAGUAUUUUUUAA